AGUAACUGGCAGUGCUGCGAAACGGCUGUAUUUCGUCAUAGUUAAUAACAAAUAGUGAUUCGAAAUAAAUAUUGUUUUUAAAAUGAAAGAAUUUCUGACAAUUAUUACGCUAACGCUGAUGGGUACUGCGAAGUGUCUCAUAGAUAGAAUACCUAACCCUGAUAAUGGCGUCUCGGCCGGUUUCCUACCCUACUGCCCGGGUGUUGAAAAAAACUCAACGUUCACAAGAGAGACCUUAAAUCGCCUUAAAGUAAGGAUAUAUUCGCUUUCGGAACAUGGCUUUGAAAUACAGACAGACCAUCCCAUCGAGUCUUUCUUUACGGAUAUUCUUAGAGACAAGUCAUUUGAUUUGAAAAAGAAGACAGUGUUCUACGCAGAGGCAUACUACGAUAGCACAUUCGAUCCCUUAAACAAGAAAAUCGCCAGCCUCUACUCUAACAUGGGAUACAAUGUCCUAAUCAGUGAAACACUCACAGUUCUCUCGCGACAUUAUCCAAAAUCAGUCCGCUUGUCUCGCGCAGUCGGUCUCAAAAUUGGUGAACUUCUUGUGAAAUUAGUCGAUAACGGGUUAGAUAUAGCAAAUUUAGAACUGGUCGGAAUGAGUAUCGGCGCUCAUAUAAUAAGUUUUGCCGCCAAACACCUAUUCGCUGUAACGGGUAAGAAACCGUAUAAAUUGACCGGUUUAGAUCCCGCCGGACCGUGUUUUCGGAACCAGGUGCCGGACGAAAUCUUCUCGAGUCAAGACGCAGAAAGAGUCUCUGUCAUACAUACAAAUAUCGACAUGUUCGGCAUGGCAAGGGCUUUUGGACAAGUAGACUUUUAUGUCAACGGUGGUGAAUAUCAACCAGGUCCGGCAGUGGAUCCGGCAUGCUUGGCUCUGUGUAGCCAUAUAAAAGCGGUCGAAUAUUAUAUACAAAUGCUAAAAUAUCCACAAUCCUUCAUCGGAGUGAAGUGUGAUUCUGUACAAGAUGCCCGAUACGCCAGGUGUUACGGCAACAAGGAAACGAAUUUAGCAGGGCCUCUGACGGAUUUCAGUAAACCGGGUAUCUAUUACUUGCCUACUAAGUUGGAAUAUCCGUAUUACGCCGGAGAAGAGGGCCUCAAACCCGAAAACGAACCGUUCUUAAAAUAUAUGCUAGACGUGAAUGCUGAAGAUGUUUAUGUAGCGUAAUUCGAAUUUGAUUAAGUUAUUUCUAAAAUAUACAAGUAU